AUGGGCAUCAAACAGCAACUUCUGAGCACCUUCAUCUAUACUCUAUACGGUGACAGAACGCCUCUUGUCCUUACUACCUCGCCCACUCUCACCCCACUCGGUGCCCAACAGUUGUAUGAAGCCGGCGACAGGAUUCGUCAGAGAUAUAUCACGCCUAGCGAGAGUGGCAGCAUCACCAUCAACGGCAUUUCACCUUAUCAGUUGGAUUACGACCAACUGACUGUGUUGUCGACCACUGACCAGUUUGUAUCUGCGUCGGCGCUGGCCUUCCUGCAGGGACUCUACCCUCCUUUGCAGACGUCGUCCAACUAUACUUAUAUUCCUGGCCAAAGUACCUUCCAAAAUGGGACCAAUCUUGUGGCUCCUCUCCAUGGCUACCAGUAUCCAAAUAUCAUGGCAGUAUCGAGUAACGACCUGAACUCGAUCUGGCUCAGCGGAUGGAAGAAUUGUCCUGCGUAUACAGCUUCCUCGAACCACUACUAUGAAACGGAGGCUUUCCAGAGCAUUCAAAAUAGUACGGAGGAGUUCUACGCCAGCCUUCAGCCCAAUUUUCUGAAUGGGAUCUUUCCAAAUGCUUCAGUUGGCUAUUUCGAUGCUGCUGGGAUUUACGACUACCUCAAUUAUGCCUCCAUCCAUAACACCUCUGCUGCAGAGCAUUUAACCCCCGAAGUCUUGACAAAGGCAAAGAUCCUCGCCGACGAUCUGGUGUUUGCUUUGAACGCAGACACAUCAGUAUCCGAGUCAAAGGCUGUAGACAACAUUCGAGCAAUACCUGGGAGAACGUUAUCUACUCGUAUCCUGCAAGCCUUUGACACGACAAUCAACAUGCAUGGCACUACCGACAAAAUGACCCUUGCCUUCGGCAGUUACGAGCCCAUGGUGGCAUUUGCAGCUUUGGCCGGCCUCGUUACUCCUCAUAGUUCGGCAUUUUACAGUGUUCCUGCACCGGGCUCGAGUUUUGUCUUUGAGCUGAUUUCCAUGCAGACCGACAAUACUGAUGCAUAUCCCGAUACUUCCGAUAUGUUUGUCCGAUUCCUCUACCAGAAUGGUACCGACUCUGAUUCGUCACUGGUCGCAUAUCCUCUCUUUGGUCUCAGUCCUAGUCAGUCGAUGAUAUCGUUUGUCGACUUUGUUGCGGGGCUGCAAAAAUUUGAGAUAUUUAGUGUUGAAGACUGGUGUACGACAUGCAGCAGCUUCAGCGUGUUUUGCCCAGCCUUUGUCGGCACGAAUGGCAGCCUGGACCCUACAGGUCGAGUCUCCUCCCACCAGAAAGGCUUAUCGCCAGCCGUAGCCGGCGUGAUCGGCGCUGUUGUCACUUUCGCAGUGGCCGCUUUGCUGUUGGGUGCGGUAAUGUUCUUUGGUGGUGUGAGGAUGCAUCGGGUCCGUACAACACGCAGGUCGGAUUUGGGAGGGUUCAAGGGGGGUGAGAAGCUUGCCAGCGACCAGGACCUCACGCUUCCAAAAGGCGGUGCAGGGGCAGCGGUCAUCACAGCCGAAGAGACAACUCCGGUGCGCGGUCAUGAACGAGUCGGCAGCUGGGAGCUUAAAGAUCGAGCCAAAGCAGAGGCGGCACAGGGUCAAGUGCUCAGCGCAGGAAUGCCUCAGCCCCGUCGCCCGAGCUAUGAAGACGACGACAUCCCAAUCGGCCCCCAUAGCCUUCCGGUCGACCCACGGAGUCAUGUAUGA